AUGGUGCUAGAAAUAUUUUUUCUUGUGUCUCAUCGUUCUCACUCAAGUAACCUGAGAAGCCUUAAACUAGCAAAAUGUUCUCCUGUAACAUCUGAAGGACUUACUGAAGCACUUGUGAAGCUUCCGUUGCUUGAAGAACUCGAGGUCUCAUACUGCUCACUCUCAGUUGAGUCUCUGAGAGUUAUAGGCCACUCUCUUCCUAACCUGAAGACGCUGAAGCUAAACCGUCUAUAUACGCCUUUUCCAUUCAUGGAUGACGAUGAUGCUUUAGCAAUCUCUGAAACAAUGCCCAGACUUAGCCACCUCCAGCUUUUCGCAAACAAAUUAACAGACGCUGGUUUGAACGCCAUUCUUGAUAAUUGUCCGGAUCUGGAACAUCUCGAUCUACGUCAGUGUUCCGAGAGUAUCCAAGUUUUUAGACGACCUUGUGACUCGACUGAUGAUUACCCACACUAUGUGACUAUUAUCCCUACGGAUUCAUCUGACGAUGAUGAUCCUUAUCCUUAUGCUUAUGAUCAUGACAGUGACUAUUCUUACGAGGAUUAUGACUUGUAUGAUUAUGAUUCUGUGUAUGACUUUUAG